AUGGAUAUCAUAGAUUUGAACGACAGCGAAGAGCAAAAAUUAGAAUCGCAGCCACAACCAGAAGAUAAUCUUGAAAAACCAAAAAACGACGAGAAAGGGGACAAUCUCAAAACUGAUGGACAAACGAUUGAGAAGAUUGUGAAUAAUGACAAGGUGGUGGAAAGUACAGAAAUUUCUGUUAUAAAAGAAGAGAAAAAAGACGAAAAAAUAGACCCACUUGCUGUGGCAGACGAACCACAAGGUGAGUCCACUUUUUUUACUCCUUCCAAUUUUUUUGUCUCAGACCUCGAAGCUGAAAAAGAGAAAAAACAAAAGUACGACGAUGUUCUCUCGGAGUCUGCAAACAACACGACUUAUGUUGCCCCAGAGUUUAUAGAGACGACUGUUGACAACCCAGAAGUGAUUCAAGAUGCAAAUGGGAAGUUUAUCAUUUAUACAGUCACAACUCGAUCCUCAUACACCGAAUACAAACCAGGGGAAUUCACUGUGAAACGAAGGUACAACCAAUUUCAAUCACUUAAAGAUCAACUAAAAGAGUUCAGAGACAACACGCCACAAUCAAAGGUAUGGGGUGCUUUCCCAAAAUUCCCUGGAGACACUUUCAUGUCGGCGUAUUUCCCCGGUUAUAGGUUUAAACCAGAAUUCACGAAGCAGAGAGCACUUGAGCUCAAUCAAUUUUUACAAGCACUCCUCCAGCACCCAUCUUACACAUUCCACGACCUCAUGAUUAAAUUCUUAACACAACCAGACUUUGAAAUUGUCAAACUUAAAACUAAGAUUGUGUUUGGAAAUGAGUCAGAGUCCUCCUCUGAGGAUGUCUAA